AUGCCCGCUUCCAACGCUCCCGCUUUCGAUAAUGACACCGUCAUCGUAGUGCUUGGUGCCUCGGGUGAUCUGGCAAAGAAGAAGACCUUCCCCGCCCUCUUCAACCUCUUCCGUCUCGGCUUGCUUCCCAAGACCACCCACAUCAUCGGAUAUGCACGAACAAAGAUGGACAGGGACACCUUUGCUGAGAAGGCGACAGGUCAUCUCAAAAACGUCGACGAUGACAAGGGCAAGGAGGACGUGAAGAAGUUCCUUGACAUCUGCCAGUACAUCUCGGGCCAGUACGAUGAGGACGCUUCGUUCCAGAACCUCAACAAGGAGAUGGAGCGCAUCGAGGGAGAGAUGAAGCACGACCACCCCAGCCGACUCUUCUACAUGGCCUUGCCGCCCAACGUCUUCACCGUGGUCGCAAAGGGUCUCAAGAAGAACUGCUACUCGGACAAGGGUCACAACCGAAUCGUCAUCGAAAAGCCCUUCGGCAAGGACCUCGAAAGCAGCCGAGAGAUGAUCGGCGCGCUCAAGGGCCUCUGGAAGGAGGAGGAGACCUUCCGCAUCGACCACUACCUCGGAAAAGAGAUGGUCAAGAACCUGCUCAUCAUGCGAUUUGGUAACCCCUUCAUCGAUGCCGGUUUGAACAACAAGCUCGUUGACAACGUGCAGAUCACCUUCAAGGAGCCCUUUGGCACCGAGGGUCGCGGCGGCUACUUUGACGAGUUUGGCAUUAUUCGCGACAUUCAGCAGAACCAUCUUUCGCAAGUGCUCUCCUUGCUGGCCAUGGAGCGACCCAAGUCGUUCUCGGCAGAGGACAUCCGUAACGAAAAGGUCAAGGUGCUCAAGGCGGUGCCUGCCAUCGAGGAGAAGGAUGUGCUCAUCGGACAGUACACAGCCGCCAACGGCAAGCCAGGGUACAAGGACGACGACACGGUCCCCAAGGACAGCAACUGCCCCACCUUCGCCGCUCUCGCGCUGCACGUGAACAACGACCGCUGGAAGGGUGUUCCGUUCAUCCUCAAGGCGGGCAAGGCGUUGGACGAGGCCAAGGUGGUGAUCCGCGUCCAGUUCAAGGACACGCCAGAGGGCCUCUUCGACAAUCUUCCGCGCAACGAGCUGGUGAUCCGCAUCCAGCCCGACGAGGCGGUCUAUCUCAAGAUGAAUGCCAAGAAACCCGGGCUCGAGAUGGCUACGCUGCCCGCCGACCUCGACCUGACGUACAAGGAGCGCUUCUCCGAAGUGCGCAUCCCCGAGGCUUACGAGGCGCUCAUUCUCGACGCACUCAACGGCGACCACUCCAACUUUGUGCGAGACGACGAGCUGGACGUGUCGUGGGCCAUCUUUACGCCGUUGCUGCACGCAAUCGAUGCAGGCAAGAUCAAGAACGAGCCGUACGAGUACGGCAGCCGUGGACCUGCUUCGCUCAACGACUUUAUCGCGCGCUACGGCUACAAGCGCACCAACGACUCUUACGAUUGGCCCAAGACCAACGUCAAGAAGGUCCAAGGGAAAAUGUAA